AUGAUUCCUCAUAGGAGCACCGCUCUCCUGUCUGUAAUUGUUUUCGUCGCGCUUUUGCUUUUCAUCUUUUCGGCCUCUCCGGCCCCUGAUGUCGCCGGGGACCAAGCAAAAGCCACAGGCCCAGCCAAGUUUGUGCCCACACCAAAAUUACCGUCGUUAAGCACGCUUCGCCUACCGUCAUUCCGCCCUCCUUCCCACGAGCAGCCCGAGGAACAGAGCAAUAGCACGCACGGAGAGUCAAAAUGGUACAGCACGCUCGAAUGGCUGAACCCGUUCUCCUCGUCCAUCACGUUGGAUGAGGGUCGCUCGGUCCUUCCUCCCCUUCGCGAACGCAGACCGAUUUACACAUACUACAACGCCAAAUACAAUCCCAACAAAUCCAAUGGCAAGGAUCACAAGGAAUUGCAAAAAGCCGACGCGGAAUUGCUUCUCGCGUGGCGUCGGGCAUGGUUUGCGCAAGGGUUCAAGCCUGUAGUAUUGACUCCAGGAGAUGCAAUGAAAAAUCCCAGCUAUGAGAUUGUUCAAAAGUUAAAACUCGCUCCCAAGACGGAGAACGAGGUGUUCGGCUGGCUUGCGUGGGGCCACAUGGGAACCGGUUUGCUCGCGGACUUCCACUGUUUCCCCAUGGCACGAUAUGAUGACCCCAUGCUCUCGUAUCUUCGCCGUGGAAGCAUCCCAGAGUCAAUCACGCGAUUCGAAAACCUCAAGAAUGCGCUUUAUGCGGCUGACAAGACCCGAAUCGAUGCGGCCAUUCAGAGCGCAGUUCUGAAGCUCACCGAUCAAACACAGUCCUUUGUUGACCUGAUCGAACCGGAAAUGUUCAAGGCCGAAUCACCGAGCGCUCUGGCCUUCUAUAAAUCCGGAGCCAUCACAUCUCGCUACCCCUCCGUACAUGAGAAGAUAGGCCAGAACCCUGCGAGCGGCCAGCGGGCUCUGGUCCAACUGAUCAACUCCCAUCUACACAACAACUUCCAAAACUCUUUCCCUGCCGGAUUGGCCGUGUUGAAACCAUUCCCUCAACAUACCACCGCGCUGGUAGAACCUGCGCUCCGGUUGGCAAAGGCCCUCAUCCAGUGCCCCGAGUCGCCCAUUCCCGAGUCAUGUCCACCAAAUCUCCCCGAAUGCCGCCCAUGUGGCUCUGCAAAGCAACCCAUGCGUAUCAGCCAGCCCUCCACCUACAAGAACACUACCUUCCUAUUCACCAUUGGCACCCUUCCUCACCCCUACACCCUCAUUAGCUUGAAGAAGAGCUCGGAGGAAAUCACCACACCACAAGUUCGCCGGGAAACUGGGCGUGACGAAUGGCUGUACGAAGUGACCAAGGAUGACCUUGGUCCCGAAUUAGGCUCUUCGUCCCGGGGAGUCAUCUUCAAACAGGUUGUCGCAGGAGAAGAUGCAGUUGGCACUUCACUUUGGAUGACGGUGGAGUCUCUUCCCGCAGACGCAGGCCAGAGUCUCCCCGCGGAGCUGUUGGACGAGUUUGAAUGGCAGUUUGGUUUCAAGAUCCCUCGUGGGGGUAAGAUAGAUCCUGCAACCGAGAACAACAAGGAAACCGCCAAGAGCGCACAGGAUCACACUCCUAGCGAGCAAGGAGUCGGUAAAGAGUACGAGCUGAUCCGGAAGGCUCGCGAGGUGAUCAAGGACAAGACGACAAACCGCAUCAACAUCAAGGAUGUUGUCGAAGCCUGGAACCUCGCUGACACAGAGGUCUGGCGCUUCGUCAAGGCUUACCGAGCCCGAAGCGUUCUCGAGCGUCAGAAAUGGGAACAGGAAGAGAAAGCUUUUGCUGGUUCAAGGCCAUGA